CAGGUGAGCGCUGGUUGGUGAACACACCUAGUUUCACCUUUAAAACGCGUUCUAAGUCGCUCUUUCUGGUCACCACAGGUUCAUGUGGCACAGAGGUCAAGGAAAAUCACGUCUGCUCCAAAGAGGGGCCUGCAACUGUAGCCGGUCAGCGGCUCGGUGGAGGGACCGGGCGAGGGAGGAAACGGCCCUUAGUGGAAGGUAACAAUGGCCGACCCCCCCACAGCUACUGGCCCAAGAAGAAUAAGAGGGUCUCAGAGACCGUUGCGCCCAAGAACGCCCUGAUGCAGCUGAAUGAGAUGAAGCCGGGGCUGCAGUACCAGCUGCUCUCUCAGUCCGGGCCGGUCCAUGCGCCGGUGUUUGUGAUGAGCGUGGAGGUCAAUGGGCAGCUCUUCAACGGCUCCGGCCCGACUAAGAAGAAGGCCAAGCUGAACGCUGCAGAGAAGGCCCUGCGUUCCUUCGUCAGGAUCCCCAAUGCACCCAAAGUGUCCAGGGGACGGACUCUGGCCCUUCAACCAGACUUUACCUCAGACCUAGAGGGCGUUCCUGAUGUGCUCUUCAAUGCCUUUGAGACCUCCAGGGCUUUAGACAGUCCAUCUUACCCGGCCUUUGACCGUAGCAGUUCCUUCAAAUCUCAGCCAGCACUAUCCCCCCCUACCUCAAACCUACCCCAGCGUCCCCACCCCCCCACGCCACCUGCCCUCAGCUCUGCCACAAGUAGCAAGAACCCUGUGAUGACUCUGAACGAGCUGAGGCCAGGACUCAAAUAUGACUUUGUGUCAGAGAGCGGAGAGAGCCAUUCCAAGAACUUUGUCAUGUUGGUGAGAGUGGACGGUCAGAAGUUCCAGGGUUCUGGGCGCAACAAGAGGCUGGCCAAGGCGCGGGCCGCCCAGGCAGCUCUGUCCUCUCUCUUCCACCUCCAGCUGGAAGAGGCGCCGUCCAGACGGCCCAUACCGAGAGACGGACUGCAGCUUCAUCUACCACAGGUUCUGGCCGACGCCGUCUCUCGUUUGGUUGUGGAAAAGUUCGGCCAACUGACCGACAACUUCUCCUCUCCGCAUGCUCAAAGAAAAGUUUUGGCAGGUGUCGUCAUGACAACAGGAAGUGAUGUGAAGGAGGCACAGGUGGUCUGUGUUACCACGGGAACAAAGUGUAUCAACGGCGAAUACAUGAGUGAGGGCGGACUAGCCCUGAAUGACUGCCAUGCUGAGAUUCUAGCUCGCCGCUCCCUCAUCCGGUUCCUGUACUCUCAGCUGGAGCUCUUCCUCAGCACCAAUGAGGAGGAACAGCACAGCUCCAUCUUCACCCGCUGUGAAGACAGACGAGGCUUCAGGCUGAAAGAACAGGUCCAGUUCCACCUGUACAUCAGCUCCUCCCCCUGUGGAGACGCCCGCAUCUUUUCACCUCACGAAGCUGCAGCUGAGGAUCCGAGCGACGGACUCCCUAAUAGGAAGGCCCGUGGGCGGCUGAGGACCAAGAUCCAGUCCGGUGAAGGAACCGUCCCUGUGGGCUGUGGUAGCACCGCUCAGACAUGGGAGGGCGUCCUGCAGGGCGAGAGGCUGCUCACCAUGUCCUGCAGUGAUAAGAUGGCCAGGUGGAACGUGGUCGGACUCCAAGGCUCUUUGCUGACCUACUUCACGGAGCCCGUCUACUUCUCCAGCAUCAUCCUGGGCAGCCUGUACCACGCCGACCACCUGUCCAGAGCCAUGUACCAGAGGCUGGCUCAGAUAGAGCGUCUACCACCAUCCUUCACCCUGAACAGGCCUCUGCUCAGCGGAAUUAGCAACACAGAGGCUCGUCAGCCCGGGAAGGCACCGGGCUUCAGUGUGAACUGGACUGUUGGAGACCAAGGUCUGGAGGUGAUUAACGGCAACACGGGGAAGGACGACGGAGGUGGACCUUCCAGACUCUGCAAGAAAGCUCUGUAUGUCCGCUGGAUGGACUUACACAGCAAGCUGAGCUCCAACCUGCGCAUCCAAACGCUGAAGCCUGGGAGCUACCAUGAAGCCAAGCAGGCGGCGGUGGAGUACCAUGAGGCUAAGCAGGCGGCGGUGGAGUACCAUGAGGCCAAGCAGGCGGCGGUGGAGUACCAUGAGGCUAAGCAGGCGGCGGUGGAGUACCAUGAGGCCAAGCAGGCGGCGGUGGAGUACCAUGAGGCCAAGCAGGCGGCGGUGGAGUACCAUGAGGCCAAGCAGGCGGCGGUGGAGUACCAUGAGGCCAAGCAGACCCUCUUCAGAGCCUUCCACAAGGCCGGACUGGGAUCCUGGGUCAGCAAACCAGUAGAGCAGGACCAGUUUUCCCUCAGCAACCAAUCAGGAGCUGGUCCUCAAUCUUUCCCUGGUGAUUGGUUAUAGACCGGAUACUUCACUGUUCACUGUUUUCCAUAGAAGAUAGAGGCAACAAAUCCAUCUGAUCGACAUUUAGGGGAUCAGUUCUCCGCCUUGAAUGUUCAGAUUCAUGGACGCCUCCUCAGCUUGAUCGCCUUAUUAUCAUUCAGGCCCCUCCUAGAUGCAGAAUAGAGAUAGAAUGAAGCAGAAUGAUGAAAAAGGGGUCCCUAUGUCCUCCAGCAGUCUAAGCCUAUAGCAGCAGAACUAUAGACAUAGAAUGAAGCAGAAUGAGGAAAA